AAAAAAUAUGUUAAAAUGCAAAGCCUGUUGAGACAAAGUCAUCGACUAAGUUGCUGCCUACCAGCAGCACAAAUUCACACCACAGCCGUGCAGCGCACUUUUUGGGAGCGAGAAAAGAAAUCAGGCUACAAAACAAAACUGCCAGAGCCCUCGAAAAAGCAGCUCAUAAUAGAUGGAUUACGAGAUUUAAAAAAAGAGAUCAAACUGUGGCGCCAGGAAGUUAAGGAACAGCUGGAAAGCGAUCCCAUACUGGUAUUUCGACCCGGUGAAACGGAUAUAGUAUUCGAUUUCAAAGCGCCGGACGUACUCGACAAGUGGACGGUGACAACAGAUGCGGAUCAUGGAGAAGGUAGAAGCAGCGCCACAUUAGAGUUAAGCGCAGCGGGCGCGGGACUCUUUCACGGCGAGGUAAACUCGCAACACACCAAGGAUGGUAUUAUCAAACGCACCGGCUAUGCAAAUAUACGCACUAAGCGUGUACGGAAAUCAUUUAAGCGCGAAGCCACAUACGACUGGACGCAGUACAACAUGCUGGUAAUGAAGGUGCGAGGUGACGGACGCAGCUAUCUAAUUAAUUUGCACACAGAGGGCUAUUUUGAUCUGAUGUGGAAUGAUAUCUAUCACUAUGUGCUUUAUACACGCGGCGGACCGCACUGGCAAAUAGCCAAAAUACCCUUCUCGAAGUUCUUUCUAUCAUCAAAGGGUCGCGUACAGGAUCGUCAGAGUGCCAUACAGUUAAAUUGUGUAACGCAUUUUGGGUUCUCUGUGGCAGCCAAAAAGGGCAUGGAUGGGCCUUUCGGCUUGGAAAUCGAUUAUGUGGGAUUAGAGUAUGAUCCCAGCCAUCGCGAAGAAUUUGCCUACGAAAUGUACAAAACACCCAAGUAUAUUGUAGCUACAUAAAGAACAAAUGUUCCUUAGUUGUAGAGUAGUAAUACGAGGGCGUUAAAAAUAAAUGCACG